AUGCGGUCCACUCGAUCCCAGAAAGCCGUCAAUGCGGCACCCAACUCUAGUCUCCAACCUAAAUCAGCCCCAGCCGCCAGUCAGAAGAAAAAACCCCGAGCUGUCCGAUUGCGCAAGCGUGUCCGCCACAAUUCUGACGACUCUGAUCUCGAUGACUCUGCCGAAGAUACCAACAACACCAGAGCUCAAGAUCCCUCUCCUGUCAUCACCCAAUCCAUUUCCAACUCAACCCAACCACACUCUUCCUUGCUUGACAUCUCAUCUGACGACACCAACGAGCUUCCAACCGUUGAAAACUACAAUACCGAGGAGAUGAUGAAAAGAUGGACUCCCUCACGUUGUAAGGAAAGACUUUCCCUCAAGUUCAAAGGUCGCGCUUCAAAAGACGGUAAAGAGGAAAUUAAGGCAUUGAUCCGUAAGUACGAGCACUUGAAGAUGAUGAUGGCGUUGGCAUUAAGAUGUAGCUUACGCACAGUAAACAAACAAGUUGCUGCUCCCAAAAAGCAAGGUCAGAGUGCAUACCUUUACUUCCGAAUAUUUGGCAAACAAUCACAUACCGAUCCCAUGCCUCACCCUGAUGACGACGAUAUUACAGAGAAGCUGGGUAGCUAUAAUCGAGCCACUGGUGACAACUGGUCUGAGCUCAAUGCUGAUCAAAAAGCAAUUUUCGAGCAUUCCAUGCUUCUUGCAUUGGCUGGGGUACCCGAUCUUGCUGCAGACCAUGUUGAGGAUGAUGACGAUGACCAAGCGCAAGGUGAUACCGAGGUACUUGUCCCUGAAGUGACUCAGCGAACCGAAGAGGAAGAAGCCCGCUACCGACCGAUCUACGACGAAUUAGUUAACCACGAUAAGGUUGUCGCCAGAUUUGGUGUGUCUAUUCCAGGAAUGACGGAUGCGACGUUCACUCGGCGAUCUCUACGAUGCAUUCAAAAGUACCAGCGUGAUCUUAUUGCAGAUUCUCACCGCCACGAAUUUGACUUUUGGCUAGUCGCAUCGAGCUCAGUUCCUCCUCUCCAACCUGGUACUUUGACAUGGUGCAAAGUUACCACGACUCUCCCUGUCAUGACAAAAUGGGUCACACAAAAGGCCAAUUUCCCUACAAUCUUUGGUGCAGUAUCUCAAGGAACAUCGCUUAUCCAGGCUGUAUCGCAAGCCACCGGCUCUCAUGUCAUCAAGUCGCAACCUCGAAAGAAUAAAUCUGAUUGUGAAAAGGUCGCUCUUGGACAGGAGUUGGUUAGAUUAUUAACUGCUACCAUUGGCGAGAAGCCGAGAGGCUUGCCCCGCGGUCCUAAUAUCGACAAGUCUUUGGCCUCAAGAAAAGACAAACCUGUACGCAUAGUACAGCUUCCCGGCUCCACUCUGACAGCGGAGGACUUAGCUAAAGGCUUUGUCGAGAUGAAUGCGGCUGGUCGAAGGCGUUGGCAGCACGAUAUUGACGCCAAUCUUUUUCAAUUUCAAUUGAUUCAUAAGGAUAAGGAUGCGUGCAGGGAGACUGAAGAUGGUAGGCCUGUUGAUGAUGAGAUUGAUGAAUCUUCAAGAGGAAAUGGUGAUGAUGAGGAUAGUGGAGGUGAAAAAGCUCGAGGAAGUGCUGACGAAGAUAGUGAUGGUGGAGGUGAAGAAGUUGGAAUUUAA